GAUAUUUUAUGAUAGAAAACAUGUAUUCCAUAUAUUCUGUAUUUUACAUGAACACAAAAUGGAGUCAGAGCCAUUUUAUUUUACUUAAUCAUGUAGUUAUUAUUUCAUUUUGUCCUUGUUCUCUCUAUAAUUGAGAACAAAGAAGUAUUCAUGUAUAUAGAUGUUUCAGUAAGUAUGAUACAAUUAAUGUUAUCUUCCAUGAGAAAGUUAAGGAGUAGACGCUGCAUAUCCUUGGGAACGUGAAUUCGUAUGGGGGAUACAUGGUAAGACUACCAAGUCCUGAGUUACUAUCUAGGAGGUAACACCUGAUGAUAAGGGUGACCAAGGAUAAAUUCCAAACACAUAUGUAAUGGUUUUAAGUUAAUUCUUAGACCAGAGCGUCUCUCACAGGUAAAGUAAGAAAUUACAAUGGUGUAAAUAUGAGUAGAAAUCCUAAUUUUAAUGGGUAAAACCCACUGUUAUGAUUGGAGAAUUCCAAUCAAGAGGUGGAGGCUAUGAUAAUAAGCCCUGUCUUUAAAAGCUAAGGUUUUUAAUAAUUAAGGACUCUCACCUAAGAAACGGACCUUAAAAGAACUGACCCUGUGAUAGAUAGACCCGGACGGGCUGAUUCACCAAAUAAACCGCAGAGAAUUGGAAUUUUAAGAUCCUGACACCAUAUUUCACUCUUGGAGUUACUUUGAGUUCUAACCUAAAGUGAUAUUCUUUCCAUUCAAUUUCUUGCCACUGAACCUGGAUUAAUUUCUACAAGGACCAGUUGGAUCACAGCAACAAGUGGUGACAAGGAUUCAUGUUCUGAAAGAUGUCCAAGAAGGAUGUGGCGAUCGUCUGGAUCGUAUUACUCCUGUGUCACGAGAUGCGGAUGGAACCGAUCGCAGAGCCUGGACCAUCCUCUGGCAUCAUGAUCCAAGAAGCUCCUGGAUUCAUCCUUACAGAAAAGAGGAUCCUAACACAACGUGUGUUUGUCAGCUUAGACCCGAAGAUCUCCAUCGAAAAACAGUACAACGUUUCAUCGAUGCAGCUCCCUGAAUUAAAGGCCUGGUACCAGAUGCAUCUUGAAAGAGCACAAAGACGCGUUCAAGAAAUUUUGGAACAAGCCAGGAAGCCGUUUGUAUCGAGCUCCAUUACAAUGAAUCAUCGAGCUAAAAGAUUUCUUGUUGCUUUAAUUGUUGCCUUGGUAUGUACAGCCAUAGGUGCCGUCGUUGCAACCGGUAUGUCUGCCGCAAACGCUGUUUCUGUUCAAACUUUGGAGAACGAAAUUCGAGGCUUAAAAGGAGAAAUCAAUGCUAUUUAUCGGGAAAUGGAACGACAAAGAGAGUAUCUCGUGGAUUUAAUGGUUAUGGUGAAUGAUACCAUUGUAACCACGAAUAUGCAUUCCAAAUUAAUCUCUCACUCCAUUAAUCUGCACCAAAGUCAUGAACAAUUCAAACGUGAACUUUUGUCUAUGCACGACCCGAUAAUAUUCCACACAACUUCAUUUUUGGACGAAGUGCAAUCUGGAAUGACUGAUUUAACCAGAGGACACAUUUCUUUAUAUUUUGUGUCAGAAACAUCGUUCGUAAAAUGAUUACUAAAGUGGAUAUCGAUACAGAAAGUUUUCAUUAAUGACUUCUCUUACAGGAGCAAGCGUUCCAAUCCGUGCAUUAUACCCCUGCAUGUCCCAUGUCGGACAACAUGAUUUGAAGUCGUUCAUAUGCUAUCUGAUGUUUGUUUAGAUCAUUCUAAAGCAAACUGGAUUUUGCUUUGUCAUAAUCUAAAGGGGGGAUUAUGUCAGAUAUUUUAUGAUAGAAAACAUGUAUUCCAUAUAUUCUGUAUUUUACAUGAACACAAAAUGGAGUCAGAGCCAUUUUAUUUUACUUAAUCAUGUAGUUAUUAUUUCAUUUUGUCCUUGUUCUCUCUAUAAUUGAGAACAAAGAAGUAUUCAUGUAUAUAGAUGUUUCAGUAAGUAUGAUACAAUUAAUGUUAUCUUCCAUGAGAAAGUUAAGGAGUAGACGCUGCAUAUCCUUGGGAACGUGAAUUCGUAUGGGGGAUACAUGGUAAGACUACCAAGUCCUGAGUUACUAUCUAGGAGGUAACACCUGGUGAUAAGGGUGACCAAGGAUAAAUUCCAAACACAUAUGUAAUGGUUUUAAGUUAAUUCUUAGACCAGAGCGUCUCUCACAGGUAAAGUAAGAAAUUACAAUGGUGUAAAUAUGAGUAGAAAUCCUAAUUUUAAUGGGUAAAACCCACUGUUAUGAUUGGAGAAUUCCAAUCAAGAGGUGGAGGCUAUGAUAAUAAGCCCUGUCUUUAAAAGCUAAGGUUUUUAAUAAUUAAGGACUCUCACCUAAGAAACGGACCUUAAAAGAACUGACCCUGUGAUAGAUAGACCCGGACGGGCUGAUUCACCAAAUAAACCGCAGAGAAUUGGAAUUUUAAGAUCCUGACACCAUAUUUCACUCUUGGAGUUACUUUGAGUUCUAACCUAAAGUGAUAUUCUUUCCAUUCAAUUUCUUGCCACUGAACCUGGAUUAAUUUCUACAAGGACCAGUUGGAUCACAGCAACAAGUGGUGGUAAAUAUAAUCGUUUUAUUAUUCUGAAUAGAGAUGAAUUUUGUCUUCUUCAUAUAGAAUUCCCUGUUUCUGGGAAAUAAUAUAUGGCAUUAUUGUAUAUGGCGGCUUGUGAGACUGCAGCUUAUAACCCGUGAUAAUAACAAUAAUGAAAAGGUAUUUUUACCUGUAGAUGAAGUUUGACAUUAUUUGCAUCUAUUAGGAACUUCACUAAAUACUCUUAGACAUUAUUAAAUUAUUUUAAUUUGUCAUAUUAGUUGAACUAAUAUAUAAGAGAGAUAGUGAUAUUUUUAUUACUGCCCUGAUUAUUAUCAAUUUUUGGUUGCUGAGUGGAAUGGAAAUUAAUUGUGUGUUAGACUCAUAAAGUACCAAUUCAUAUUGAUAACUAUCGAUAAUAUACUGUUUUUCAAUUGAUUCAAUUUUUAUAUGUUUUAAGAACUUUGUGUUUUAUAUCAUGCACUGUGUGACCCAUAUACAGAUUUUAUAAAUUGUAUUUACAAUAAAUAUUUUUGAUUGACUA